CAUAUUAUGUUAGAAAAAGUCAUUAAAUAAAAUUUAACGAAGUUUAACUAAAUAAAAUUUAAAUUUACGUAAUAAUUGGAAAAAUAUUUUAUUUUAAUUAUAUUUUAUCUUUAAAAAUCUUAUUACAGCAAAAACACAAAAUGCAAUGUGCUAUGUUAAAUUGGAAUGGUGUACCUACUCAAGUGAUUACAGAAGGUCGCUGGGUAGAAGAAGGUUUUUCAAAUUAUGGUAAAAGAGAAGUAGUGAUUAUUAUUCCUGGUAAUCCUGGUCUUGCAGAAUUUUAUAAAGGAUUUAUAAAAACUGUAAAAUCAAAACUUCCUACUGAAGUACCUGUAUGGAUAAUUUCACAUGCAGGUCAUGUACAACCACCAAGCAAUUUAGCAAUUACUAUGCCAAGUAAUUCAAAUUGGACUGAACAUUAUAGUUUAAUGACACAAGUGCAACACAAGAUAGAUUUCAUAAAAAAAUAUGUACCAGAAGAUGUGAGAAUACAUCUCAUUGGACAUUCAAUAGGAUGUUGGAUUAUUUUAAACAUGUUAAAAGAUAACUUCAUUGCUAAAAAAGUUACAAAAUGUUAUCUAUUAUUUCCAACCAUAGAAAAUAUGGAUAUAAGUGAUAAUGGAUGGUGGUUCACUAAAGUAGUAUCACGAAUUGCAUUUUUCUUACUUUUCUGUGCUUGGAUUAUUUCAAAUCUUCCAUAUUGUUUACAAGUUUUUAUUAUUAGUAUAGCUGGAAUAUUAUAUAGAAUUCCAUUCAAAUAUAAUAAUGUAAUACUUAAUAUGUUAAAUCCUUACUCUUUGGAAAGAAUAAUUAAAAUGGCAAGAGAAGAAAUGAUAAAAGUAAAAGAACGAGAUGAUGAUAUAAUUUCAAAGUGUGCAGAUAAAUUAUGGUUUUAUUAUGGUAAUUGUGAUGGUUGGGUACCAAUUAAAUAUUAUAAAAAUUUGAAAUCUAAUCAUCCUUAUAUUAAUGCAGAACUGUGUAAGCAUGGUUAUCAUCAUAGUUUUGUUUUACAAUAUGAUAAAGAAAUUGGAAAUAUUGUUGGUAAUUUAAUUAGUGAAAAUAUAUCAUAAUUUUAAAAUGGAAUAUUUAAUUAACUAAUUAAUAAAUACAUUUAAUAAAAAUGUAGA